CCGAACUCCAUCGUCUAGUUCACCAUCUGAUCUGAAGCCCUCUGUGCGGUUGUUUUUAGAAAGAAACCCUCAUUUUUCUCUUGUCAUUCCUCCUUCAAACUACCUCACUCGCGAAGCGAACCAACGAACAACACACAGAGAGAAGAGAGAGGGAGGUUUUAGUCCUACAGUUUUUGCACAUCUCAGAGAUUCACUUCGUUCUGCGAUGGCUCAGCCUCUCGUGAAGAAGGACGACGAUCGCGACGACGAAGAGUACUCUCCGUUUCUGGGGAUUGAGAAGGGUGCUGUUCUUCAGGAAGCGAGGGUUUUUAAUGAUCCUCAACUCGACGCUAGAAGAUGCUCCCAGGUUAUCACAAAGCUUUUGUAUCUACUGAACCAGGGGGAAACCUUUACAAAGGUUGAAGCUACAGAAGUUUUCUUUUCCGUGACCAAGCUUUUCCAAUCGAGAGAUAUAGGAUUGAGGAGAAUGGUUUAUCUGAUCAUAAAAGAGUUGUCCCCCUCUGCAGAUGAGGUUAUUAUUGUGACAAGCUCCCUGAUGAAGGAUAUGAAUAGUAAAACAGACAUGUAUCGGGCAAAUGCCAUCCGUGUCCUCUGUCGGAUUACAGAUGGAACCCUUCUUACCCAGAUUGAGCGGUAUCUGAAACAAGCCAUUGUUGAUAAGAAUCCAGUGGUUGCAAGUGCAGCUCUAGUCAGUGGGAUCCAUCUGCUCCAGACUAACCCAGAGAUUGUCAAAAGAUGGAGUAAUGAGGUUCAGGAAGCUGUCCAGUCAAGAGCAGCCCUUGUACAGUUUCAUGCACUGGCUUUACUUCAUCAGAUACGACAGAAUGACCGUCUUGCUGUGAGCAAGUUGGUUACCAGCUUGACAAGGGGGACUGUCCGCUCUCCAUUGGCCCAGUGCCUUUUGAUUCGUUAUACUAGUCAGGUUAUCCGCGAGUCUGGAAAUGCACAAGCGGGCGACCGUCCCUUUUACGAUUAUCUUGAGGCUUGUCUUCGCCACAAAGCGGAGAUGGUGAUUUUGGAGGCUGCUAGAGCAAUUACAGAGCUCCAUGGUGUGACCCCCAGAGAACUUACUCCAGCAAUCACUGUUCUGCAGCUAUUUCUAAGCUCUUCGAAACCAGUUCUAAGAUUUGCUGCUGUCCGCACCUUGAACAAGGUGGCAAUGACACAUCCAGUGCCUGUCACAAACUGCAACAUUGAUAUGGAGAGUUUGAUUUCUGACCAGAACAGAAGCAUUGCCACACUUGCAAUCACAACACUUCUGAAGACAGGAAAUGAAUCAAGUGUGGAUCGCUUGAUGAAGCAGAUAACUAAUUUCAUGUCAGAUAUCGCUGACGAGUUCAAAAUUGUUGUUGUGGAAGCCAUAAGAUCGUUGUGUUUGAAAUUUCCUUUGAAGUUCAGAGCUCUGAUGAACUUUUUGAGCAACAUUCUCAGAGAAGAAGGUGGAUUUGAGUACAAAAAGGCAAUUGUUGAUUCAAUUGUGAUUCUCAUUAGAGAUAUCCCUGAUGCAAAAGAAAGUGGCUUGCUUCAUCUCUGUGAGUUCAUCGAAGAUUGUGAAUUCACCUAUCUUUCUACACAGAUACUCCACUUUUUGGGCAUUGAAGGGCCAAAAACCUCUGAUCCAAGCAAGUAUAUAAGGUACAUAUAUAAUCGAGUACAUCUUGAGAAUGCCACUGUUCGCGCGAGUGCAGUUAGUACAUUGGCAAAAUUUGGUGCUAUGGUUGAUUCAUUGAAGCCGCGAGUGUUUAUUCUGCUGCGACGAUGUCUCUUUGACAGUGAUGAUGAGGUUCGUGAUAGGGCAACACUCUAUCUAAAUACGCUUGGAGGAGAUGGUUCAGUUGUUGAGACUGACAAUGAUGUAAAGGACUUCCUCUUUGGGUCUCUGGAUGUCCCACUUGUCAAUCUGGAGACAAGUUUGAAGAAUUAUGAGGCUUCGGAAGAACCAUUUGACAUUAAUUCUGUACCCAAGGAGGUUAAGUCGCAGCCACUUGCUGAGAAGAAAGCUCAAAGUAAAAAGCCAACUGGUCUUGGUGCUCUUCCAACUGGCCCUGCAUCCACAGUUGCUGCUUAUGAGACAUUGCUUUCCUCUAUUCCGGAGUAUUCAAACUUUGGGAAACUAUUCAAGUCCUCAGCACCUGUGGAGUUAACAGAGCCAGAAACUGAAUAUGCAGUUAAUGUUGUCAAGCACAUUUUUGAUAGCCAUGUUGUGUUCCAGUACAACUGCACCAAUACCAUUCCCGAGCAAUUACUGGAAGAUGUCAUUGUCGUGGUUGAUGCUUCAGAAGCUGAGGAAUUUUCUGAAGUGGCAUCCAGGUCUCUCAGGUCUCUUCCAUAUGAUACACCUGGACAAACCUUUUUGGCAUUUGAGAAGCCAGAAGGUGUCCCUGCAGUUGGAAAAUUUACAAACUUGUUGAGGUUCAUUGUUAAAGAGGUUGAUCCAACCACUGGUGAGGCAGAGGAAGAUGGUGUGGAAGAUGAAUACCAGCUGGAAGAUCUUGAGGUUGUCGCUGCAGAUUACAUUUUGAAGGUUCCAGUCUUCAAUUUCAAGAAUGCUUGGGAUAGCAUGGGUGCUGAUUUUGAGCGGGUAGAUGAAUAUGGCCUGGGGCCAAGGGAGAACUUGACUGAAGCUGUUAAUGCUGUCAUCAACCUCCUUGGAAUGCAGCCCUGUGAGGGCACAGAGGUCGUUGCCAGCAACUCAAGGUCACACACAUGCGUAUUGUCCGGUGUGUACAUAGGCAAUGUGAAGGUUCUUGUGCGGUUGUUAUUUGGAAUUGACAGUUCAUCGAAGGAGGUUGCGAUGAAACUUACUGUCAGAUCGGAGGAUGGAGCUGUCAGUGAUGCCAUUCAUGAGAUUGUGGCCAGCGGCUAGUUGGUUAAUGCUGUCAUUGAACAACAGCUUUUUCACUUUUCUAUAAUGAGAGCAGUGGCGGGGGAUACGGCUGCAUACAGAUCAAAAUAUUUUGUAGAAAGAAAUGAACAUUACUAGUUUGAGGUCGAGGGGCUUGCGAGAGGUCAAUUUGCAUUUUCGAUUGAGCGUUUGGCUGCUCAUCUGCUUAAUUAGUAAUAAUUUGGUCGGAAUCGUAUCGUGUCAAGAUAUCGUUGGAUUGAUAUACCAGUCACCCAAUUUUUCUUGUUUAUUCAAGUGUAGUUUUUCUUUCCAAUUACAUUUGUUGUGGUAGACCUGAAUUUUGAGACACCGAAUCGCAAAGAAGAUAAUUGUAUUACUGUUUGGUUCC